AUGACCCCCACGUUUUUUCCAAGGGUCAGCUGUUUUUUUUGUCAACUUCCCAGGUUCAUCAGCUGGAUCACUGGCCACGGUCACGCCGUCGAGGGACCGUCUCAUUCCAGCACCCUUCGGCUGGUGGAACGUUUGCCGCACGGUGGAACGAAGUGGAUCCGAUGUCCCGCCAUGAGGCAUGCCAUCUCCAAAACGGCCAUGGACCAUGGCUAUACCAUGGGCGAAGUGGGCAUGCCGCUGGGCGAAAAAGGGGAGAACUUCACUGCUGGAUUUGCGUGUGUUUGCUCUGCAUUGGCGUGGUCUCCUGUGUUUUAUGGCCGCGCCGAAGUGCUUGAGUCGCGUGUGUCAAAGACGCGUGACAUGCUGCGGUGCUUUCCCAAGUUUGUUGUUGAAAAUAGCCAAGCUGCCAAGGUGCUCACGAGCCCCUUCCCCCGGGGAGGCGGCUGGAAGGGGCCGCCCGUGGCGGCAGAGGCAUGGCCCCUUCCAGGCUUUGUAGGCUCCGGUGUGGCGGGUACUUCGUCAAACGCUGCCAGCCGGAGCCAAGGGAUAGGCGAUGGCACGCAGUACUACCCGCUGUCUCCCCGCGGACGCCGAGCCCAAAGCCUGUCCGUGUCCAGCGGCGCAGUCGUUGAAGCCAGUCGAUGGCUGCAUAGUCCCUCCAGCCUGGAAGCCUCCUAUGCCGGCCUGGGCCGCAGAGCUCCAGUGCGCACGGCACGUGGCUCCACUCCCCCGGCCACGCCGCCGGCGCAUAGGGUGGGGAGUCUACGCGAGGCCUUAAGCUCCGAGCUGGCAAGAUAUGCUUGUCCCCUGGAGGCAGAUCCAUGUCGAGCAGUCCAGGCUGACGCCACAAAGAUUUCUGGCAUCGUUUCCAACACCGCGCAACGCGACUGGCCAUCCACGGCGGGCUGGGAGCGUGUAUCGGCACGGGAAUCCCAGGGGAACGAGGCCGGGGGCAAAGUUGGCAUAGUAAGAAAAACAAAUAUGUUUUGGGAUAUUGGAACACACAUAAAUCUAUAUAUAUAUAUAUACCUUGCGCAUCCUGACCCUUCUUUUUUCUCGGGUUUGACCACAAACCUUGGGUUUCACUCCAUGAUGAUCCCAAACCCUGGGUUUACGCUGCAAACCCUGGUUUUGCAGCAAAUCUCGGGUCAGGUACGAUUCUUGGCCCAUUGCAGGGGGGUUGCUUGGGCCGCGGAUUGGUGGCAUUGCAGAUUUAUAUUAUGUUGUUGGAAUGAUUUUACCCUCAAUGACCUUAAGCGGUGA